CCUAGCAGAUUUCUCAAAAUUCUGCAGGGCGUAAUAACUUUUAGAUUCUUUGAAUGAUUAGUUUUAUUUUUUUGCUCGGUACAAUUGAAUAAGAAGGCAAACGAUUUUAAUCGAUUUAUCGUUCGAAAUAUCUGCAUCUUAUUUUACGAACCCUAAUUUCUCGAGAUCAUUCUGUCUAAUCAUUCAAUUUUAUUCGACAAUGUAUAACAGUAAAGGAACAAUUUUCUCCAAAUGUUUGUAAUCACCGAAAUGAAAUUCCCGGAACGUAGCAACAAAUCAUUCGAAGUAGAAAGACUGAUUAGUCCGUUAAAGCUACCGGUUAUAUUGCCGCGUUACGCAAGAGAGUUAUGCUGAUGACUUCCUAACAGGGUAUAAUUUCAAGACUAAAACGCUCGUUCUUUUCCUCCUUUAUUUUAUCGCGUAAUAAUAAUAAAAAUCCUUGUUGCUAUAUUUAAAGUGAAGAAAAAAAAAAACAUGUGCCGAUAUGGGUAACGGAGCGCGCUCUCAACGAGGCAUUUCAUACCGAAACGUAAAGAGGUGGCUUCUUUAGCAAUAGGUAUACGCAGUGCGGAUUUAUAUCGAUCCCCUGACCGUCAUGCGUCACGGCGGCGCAAAAUUCGCGAAAUCACACCCAACGUUCACAUUCGACACACCGACGUGAACGCCAUCGUACGGAAACGAUCGCGCUCAUUUUCCCAUGGAACUCGAAUGCCCCGAGGGGGGCAAAAGGAGAGAGAGCAGGGCAGACUUCCGAAAAGGAAGAGAGAAACCCCGCUGCGCGACGUUGUCGCGGUCUCCGAAACGGCGCCGCGAUGUUGCCCUUCGUGCCUCCGUUCCGUAUCAAUAACGAAGGAAUGGGUGCAAGCAAGAUGGGGGAUUAAAGGGGAAAAGAGAGAGAGAGAGAGAGAAACGUCCCUGUGCCAAUCGGUUGCACCUCGCAGUUGUGUCUCGUUGAAAACCUACCUAACGGCUCGUUGUGUAUAUGCAAUGGCGACCCGUUUCGCCGCGAACAAUUCACGCCGCAAAUGUACCGUCGAAUCGCCGUCUCGUCUCUCCGUCGGUCUACGGAUUUCCUUAUCCGCGAAUUUCGUAAAUCAUUUAGGCAUUACGGGAAAAAUUAAGAGAUGACAGGUAUAUUUUUUUUCACGCGAUAUAUUUAAUUGAUUUCUGGAAUUAGCACUGACAAAGAUUGCAAAAUUUAUCGUCUAACUCGGCGACUCGAAUCUUCGUUACGACCGCUUCCAUAUAUUUUUUUUAAACUCGUUUCCCACGUAUUAUCGUAUAGUUAUGUGUAUAUGUACGCUUUUACAAAAUAACUAAACGUCACGGCGCAGAUCCGAGCGUGUGUGUAAAGAUUGAAAUGUCAUCGUGUCGCAACAUUGUAAAUGAUCGUAACCUGUCAGAGAGGAAACAGCCAAUCCGCUGACUUCGCGUUCUUAUGGCACUCUACAUGACGUUAAAAUGGCGUUAUCAUUGGUCGCUUUUUACGCGAAUAGCGACAUUUCCCCGACAAUCAUGAAUAACAUCGCGUAUAUCACUUAUCAGAUUCGUGAUAUAAAAUAGGGACAUUGUUUGCACCAAUGGUGUCAUAUCGUCACGCACAUUCUCGAAAUGGCUAAGUCACCAAUUCACUUGACAGCUCGCAAGAACCAGGACUAUUAUCACGUGCGAAUAACCGUUACAAAAACGAAACGUCGCUGCUACGAAAAUCUUUCUCUCCCGACCUGUAUGUCUGCUGGGUCACAAAUUCAGAUGGCACCCCAAACAACCGUAAACUCUGGUCAGACAGUUCAUAGUCAAGACUCGAACAUGAGCACUGGCUCAUCGCAUAGUGAUAAGGAGGUGGAUGCAAACACUCCGGAAAAAGUACCACGGACUCCUUCUGAGAGGAAAAGAAAGCGUAAAGCCGAUGACGGAGGUGGAGGUGUCGCAGGUGGCUCUGUAGCUAGUAAGGGCGCUAGGUCAAUUGCUGCUCUUGAUAAUAAGAAGAUCAACGAGUAUUUUCCAAAGCAUCAUCUGGGCAAUAGUCCUAUUCGGCAUGGUGGAGCCAAGAGCCCCUCCCCUCAACAGGGUUAUCCUAUGUAUCCGCCAUCACCUCAACAGUUACUUUCGCCACAAGUAACAACACCUAAUUCCUCGGUGGCGGAAUUCUCAUCGCUGAUGCAGCCACCGAGACCUCAUCCUCAACCUCCACCGCCUCCACCACCAGCGCCGUCGCAACCUGCAGGCUCGAUGGUCAGCAAGCAGGUGCAGGUAAGGCCUACCAACCUCAAUAGGACAAGCCAGGUCAGGCAAGCGAAGACUAACACCCCAAAUACGGAACUUACUUGCCAGAGGAUACAGGAAUUUGAAACUCAAGCCUCUUCAGACUUAGAACUACGUAACAAUAAAAUUGACGAGUUAAAUAGGACAACGGACGAACUUAGGCAUCAAAUGGCUAAUCAACAGAAAGUGAUUGAGCAGCACAAAUCACAUAUAAAUAAGUGUAUAGACGUUGUAAAGAAGUUAUUAAAAGAAAAAUCAAACAUAGAAAAAAAGGAGGCUAGGCAGAAGUGUAUGCAAAAUAGACUGAGGUUGGGCCAGUUUGUGACGCAAAGGGUGGGCGCGACGUUUCAAGAGAACUGGACCGACGGUUACGCAUUUCACGAGCUUGCACGGCGGCAAGAGGAAAUAGCGACGGAGCGAGAGGAGAUCGACAAGCAGAAGAAGCUGCUACUCAAGAAGAGGCCGUCGAACAGCGAGACCGGCAGGAAACGUAGUCAACCGCAGCCCUCCUUGCAUAACGGCACCGAGGCGACGUUUCUGAAACCAGAUGCAGUACCUGGGUCGUAUACGUGGCAGGAGUAUUAUGAAGCUGACGAAAUACUCAAGUUGAGGCAGAGCGCGUUGAAGAAGGAAGACGCGGACUUGCAAUUAGAAAUGGAAAAACUCGAGAGGGAGCGAAAUUUACACAUUAGAGAGUUAAAGCGUAUUCACAACGAGGACCAAUCGAGAUUUAACUCUCAUCCUGUUCUGAAUGAGCGUUACCUCUUAUUAAUGUUAUUAGGCAAGGGCGGUUUCAGUGAAGUGCAUAAGGCAUUUGACUUAAAAGAGCAACGGUACGUGGCUUGUAAGGUGCAUCAAUUAAAUAAAGACUGGAAAGAAGACAAGAAGGCUAAUUAUAUAAAACAUGCAUUGCGAGAAUAUAAUAUACAUAAAGCACUUGAUCAUCCCCGAGUCGUAAAAUUGUACGAUGUAUUUGAAAUUGAUGCCAAUUCCUUUUGUACUGUUCUGGAAUAUUGUGAUGGCCAUGAUUUAGAUUUUUACCUCAAACAGCAUAAGACUAUACCCGAAAGAGAAGCAAGAUCUAUUGUUAUGCAAGUCGUAUCGGCAUUAAAGUACCUCAAUGAAAUAAAACCCCCAGUCAUACAUUACGAUCUGAAGCCAGGUAACAUCCUAUUAACCGAAGGCAACGUGUGCGGCGAAAUAAAAAUCACGGACUUCGGUUUAAGUAAAGUCAUGGAUGAGGAAAAUUAUAAUCCAGAUCACGGAAUGGAUCUAACGUCCCAAGGAGCGGGUACUUAUUGGUAUCUACCUCCUGAAUGCUUCGUCAUUGGCAAAAAUCCCCCUAAAAUAUCGUCUAAGGUUGACGUAUGGAGCGUAGGAGUUAUAUUUUAUCAAUGUCUAUACGGUAAAAAGCCUUUCGGUCACAAUCAAUCGCAAGCCACUAUUUUAGAGGAGAAUACGAUACUAAAAGCCACCGAAGUCCAGUUCGCGAAUAAACCAACGGUUAGCAACGAAGCAAAGAGUUUCAUAAGAAGUUGCCUAGCGUAUAGGAAGGAGGAGCGUAUAGACGUACUGACACUAGCUAGACACGAAUACCUGCAACCCCCAGUGCCAAAACAUGGCCGCCAAGCGAACAGCCAGCAGCAGCAGCAGCAACAGCAGAUCCAGCAGCAGCAGCAGAGCUCGUUUAAUAUCGGCAUGUUUAGUGGUAUGAACGCGUCGAGCAGUUCGUAGUGGAGAGGAAGGAUUAAGGACAAAAUCCUCGAUAUAUACCAAUACAUGCCAAAUCUUGAACGCUCGGACUGUGUACACCAUCUCAUCUUAGGGAAAUAACGAUUGCUAUAACCAAUUGUAAAUACUAAAAAAACCGGAUACUAUCAUCGUCACCAACCACCAUCACCACUACCACCACCCAUCACCCAUCACCACCACCACCACAAUUAUUACCACAUCUACCACCGCCAUCACCACACCAUCACAACUAUACUUACAGGAUCGACUACAUAGGACAUUGCAAGAGAGAUGCGAGACUGGUCACCCGCAAGUCCAGGAGCUUGCGUCUUUCUACAAGCCACGCCACAUUAUUCAGCAUGACAAGAAACAAUGUUGUGUUCGUAAAUAUUCAAUUGUAUUAUCGUUCCUUGUAUCAAACAGUGCGAUGACUUGAUAAUAGUGUUUAAAAGAAACGAGAGAGCGAGAGAGAACGAACGAGCGUGCGAACGAGAAAAUAACAUGUGAUAAGUCAUUACGAGAUAAAAGUGACGUCUAGAAUAAGAGGGGAGGGGGGAAAUAGAGCAUGUGUGUGAGAGAGAACAAGAGACAGAGCGACAAGUAAAAACAAAAAUUAAGCGAAAAUGGAAAUUCUUUCGGUGGAAGCAAAAUAAAAGUUUGUUGGGGUAAAAGAAAGCAACGAAG